CCGGCCAGGCAGCUGCAGCUAGCUAGCUAGCUAGCUACUAUAUACCGACUAUAUACUAUAGUCGCGUCGUUGCGCCGAAGCGGCCAGGAGCAGACAAAAAUGGCAGCAAAACUCUUCUCCUUUCUUCUUGCCGGAAUAAUAUGGUUUUCUACCGCGUCGGUCGUCUAUUUCUUCUACCACGAGAGCACGCUACAGAGCACGAGUAGGAGGGAAAUUUACCUGCGAGUUGGAGGGGAUAGUAGGACAGAAAACGACGAGGGAAAUUCCAGGACUCGAGUAGACUCGGACUUGGAUGGCGAGUUGCUGGGCCAACUCGGCCGGGACGUUCCUCGGUUUGGCCCGGGAGAGAAUGGCCAGCCGGUCCUGCUGUACGGCGAGGCAAAGGAACGAGCAAAAGACACAAUGAGAAUUCACAAUUUUAAUUUGGUUGUCAGUGAAAUGGUUUCAGUGCAAAGGACUUUAGCCGAUACAAGACAUAAAAGGUGUAAAAAUGAGGCCUACCACCUCUCGGCUCUUCCGUCCGUCUCAGUCAUCAUAGCUUUUUACAAUGAGGCGUGGUCAGCCCUGUUACGCACCAUCUACAGCAUCCUCAACAGGAGCCCACAUUCACUCCUGAAGGAGAUCAUUCUGGUAGAUGAUUACAGUGACAAUGUAAACAUAGUGGAACAGCUCAAGACUACCCCACGCUGGGUCCGCAGUAAGGUCCGACUGGUACAGACCAAUAGCAGGGCAGGGGUGGCCAAGGCUCGUCUGGAGGGGGUGAAGGAAGCUCUUGGGGAGGUGUUGGUCUUUCUGGAUUCGCAUUGCGAGGUGAACACUCACUGGUUAGAGCCCCUCCUGGAUGCCAUCAAACGAGAUCGCUCCAUGGUCGCAGCACCCAUCAUUGACGUCAUCGACCACGAGACAUUGGAGUACACUGCAUCGGGCAUCUCACGGUCCGUCUUCAAGUGGGACCUCAGCAUCAAGCUGUCGCCAUUAUCCAAGGCAGACUUAGCAGAACGAGAGAGCCCCAUUGAACCUUUGAGAACGCCAGUGUUAGGAAGAGGAAUCUUUGCAGUAGACAGGAAUCACUUUGAGCGCAUCGGCAGUCUAGAUCCUCAAAUGGAAGGAUGGGGUGGUGAGAGCUUGGAGCUGUCUCUAAGAGUCUGGAUGUGCGGAGGUAACAUCAAGAUCAUUCCUUGCUCCAGAGUGGGUCACAUCGAUCGGCAGGAUCCUCCGUACAACUUCCCUGGAGGGGUUGAAGCAUCGUAUCUGCACAACCUGGGACGUAUCGCUGAAGUCUGGCUGGAUGACUACAAGAGAGACUUUUAUGCUUCCUUGCCUGAAGCACAGAAUAAAUAUUACGGUGAUGUUGCGGACAGACAGGCCUUGAGGCAAAAGUUGGCCUGCCAUCCCUUUCAGUGGUAUCUAGAGAAGGUCUACCCUAGCCUACUGGGGACAGCCCAAGAUCAGCUGGUCGCCUGGGGAAGGUGUCAUAACAAGCACGCCAAUCUGUGCGUGGACACACUGAGAGCCGGGGAGAGUAAACCCAUCGGAGUCAGCAAAUGUGGCAAAAAUCUACCCAGUCAGGCAUUCAUGAUCACACUGGACAGUGAAAUUCGCUGGGAGGACCUGUGCCUUGACCUGGCCGACUACAGAGCUGGACACAAGCUGACACUAGAGGGCUGCCACGGAAUGGGAGGCAGUCAAGAAUGGAAGCAUGACAAGCCCGGGCAUAUCAUUCACAGAGAGAGUGGUAUGUGCCUAGACAUAGCCGGAGUACAGACAAAGGUCUUGGUCAUCAACGUCUGUACAGACCGACCCACCGAGUCCUGGGAGUUUGCUCACUACAAGAAGCACAAGAAAAGCUGAUAGGAGAACAAAAGUCAACAUUGAUCAUCUUUCCUACCAAUAACUGUAACUUAGAAGGCUCGUCUACUGAGGAAAAUGUAUCAGUGAUCUAUUUCUGAAGCAUUAAAACUGCAGGUGAUGUGACGACUGUUACAACUGUGAUUUGCUCUCUGGAAAUUGUCCGCUGAUUUGAGAGGUCCACCCUUGGCCACUAUGUGAAAAAAAGUUCAAUCCUCCCAUUUUUGGGGCAUUAAUUUAAUUGCAACCUGCAAGUUGUAAAGCUAGAGAGGCUUUGCAGUUUUUGAUAUCCUGGGAUUUGUUGCCUGGACUGAAUCAAGUUUUUAACCAAAAAAUUAUUCCAGUUCUUGAGACUGGGCCAUUAGGGGAGCUGUGGUGGGUCAGUUGUUUAUUUGAAGACCAGCCCCACACCGCAAGUCCACCAGGAUUCUUAUCAAACUUCCUCCCCGUCAUAAGGCUGACUUUGCCCUGUCAGCUUUGGACAGCUGCCUAGUUUCCUUGCUAACAAGUGGACACAUUCAAUCAAACAUUCACAGAAAUCUUUGAUGCUCA